AUGGUUGCCCAGUUGCUGUUGGCCUUGCAGCGGGCAGAAGCACUUGUGUGGGAUAAUGAUGUAUCGGCUCAUGCCCAGACUGUUGCCAAGGCCAAAUAUGAAUUUUUAUUUGGCUUGGAAGAAGAGAAGCCUUCAGAAAUGGGUAGUGGCCAUGGAAGCAGCAUUUUGCUCCCUCAUACCAUCAUCAAUGAAUUUCCAGAGUACGGCACCGUAGAGCCAAGCAGAGACACGCCGAGGGCUUCAUCGCCGCGCCAGGCAGAGCCCGUAACAUGCAGUCCAGAAAGACAGCACAGUCACCACCGGGUACCUGGCAGGCCCCUUCCUCAGCGUGCAGCUCCUGCAGACAGUUCGAGAUCUGACUCUGGGGCAGCACAGCUGCGCGCGCCAGAAGAAGGUUUGCAACCUGCGGGUAACCUGCCAGAGAUUAUGAAAAUCUCUCGACGGCUGGAAGCAACAAAGGUGCAAGAGAGAGCAAAUACUUCUCUUGAUUCAGAGACACAAAUGGAAAAAAAGAGUGUUACUGGCAGCCAAAAUGUACAGGCAGCCAGAGAACCAGUUCCAGCAGGCCAAGAAAAACCCUCAGACAUGCCUCUUCCAUCUGAACGAACAGCUGAGGAAAAAAUGCAUUUGAUCGUAGAGAAAGAUCUGGCUGCAAUAUGCACUGGAGAAAAGCAGUCCGAGUCCUUGCAAGCCAUCAGUAAUAAAGCUGAGGAGGUCCACACAGCGCAGGAGACAAGCUGUCAUAGACCAUCUGUGACAAACCUGGAAGCAACCAGCAGAGUGGAGGGGUGGGCGCAUUUUGAAGAGUUUUCAGCGUACAGUCAAGGCAAAAUGCAAAUGGGUCCUGAGAGGAGGCUCUCUAAAGAGGCAGCUGUGAGCAAACAUGUAGAAUUUCAAGGGGUGGAGAUUUUAUGGCUGCAAAAAGCUGAGGAGCAAAGAAGAAAGAAGCACUCGCUGCUGGAGACUGUGUCUGUGGAGAGGAAGGCAUUCCCCAAAAUGUCCAGUCACCCUGCGCCACUGAUGGUCUCCCCAGGCUUGGUCUCCUUGCCAGACAGUGCUUGGAGCGAGGUCUGUGAGGACCUGAGGCUGGGACCCGCUGCCCCUGCAGCCACUCCUCUGGCGCUGCUCGAUGAAAGUGGGGAGGAUGAAGUUUUUGUGAAGGACAAGAAUAACCGUGGCAAGGAGGAGACGGCUGUACUAGCGAGAGGCCAGGGCAGGUGA